AUGGACACCUCAGAACGAGUGACCUACGGGAAUGAGGUCUCUCUUGCUAAACGGACCAGUAAGCGUGAACUAAGCUCUCCAGAGAUGCCAAUGUCAGCCUCUGAGUCUCGUACCAGCAGAGCUGGGCGUAUCAUCAAGGCUCCAACGGCAUACGCACCAGUACCAUCUGGUACUAUUACUGGUAAACGCUCCUCUCGGAAGAAGGACGCCAUCGUUUGUGUACACUGCCACCGGGGUCAUUCCCCGAGCACAAACAUGAUCGUGUUCUGUGAUGGGUGCAACGCUACCUGGCAUCAAAACUGUCAUGAUCCAGUAAUUGAAGAUCAGGUAGUGUUGGAGCAGGACGCUGAGUGGCACUGCCGCAGCUGUAAGCCCGUGCGACGUUCGACGCCAGUUCCAUCUACCAAGGUAAAAAAGCCAAAGCGUGCCAUCCACCCACGCUUAAAGACGAAUUCGCAGCUUGAGGCCCCGGGGAAGCGAUUCACAGAGGCUAAGCGCCGGGCAUACCUAUCUCAGCUUUCACAUGCCGAGCUGGUUGAACUUGCCAUGAAAGUGACAACUAAGUACCCAGAGGUAGCCAUGUUUCCGGCUAAAAUGACUAGGCUUCCUGCCUCUGCGUUUUUCUCAACUCAGCCCAACCAAUCUGCGCCAAACUAUAUAUCAAAUGAGAUAACCCGGUCAACGUCCGCCGCGGAAGAACAUAUCGAGCCCAUGGAUCCGCCGAAAAGAGCUCGCACCACCUCUGCGCCAGUCAAGCCUGUGAACUUUAAGAAUUUGACAAGUAAAACGAAGAGAAAAUCAGAGUCGUUGGCUGUGAAUGGGGAACCGCUUAAAAUGUCUACACCUCAUAAGAGAUCUCGUCUUAACUCUGCCCCGGCUUGUUCCAUAUUAUCCACCUUUGAACCUCCGGCCUCUGAACCUCUAGAUGGCCCACAGUCGCUUGAAAUGCAAGCUCGUCGAGCUAGUUUACGAACAAAAGUCGAUUAUGCUCGACAAUUUGACGUCCCCUUUGAACGUUCUUCAAAGACGCUACCUGUUGAUCCUGAAAUCGAAACACCAAGUGUGACCGAUCGUGAAUCCUCCCCUGAGACCUCCGAGCCGCGUGAUAUAUCUCAGUCACCUGAAACAGAAACCGAUUCUUCUUCCGAUGCGUUUGAGUCAGCGGGAGAACACCGUCUUUAUCCGCGACCUGGAAAUGGGUUCAAUACGUCAACACAUCCUGCGGAUCUCGAUAUUCUUCAAGAGCAAGUCGACUAUCCAACUUUCAGUCAUAGUGUCCAUGGAUUAGUGAGGAAGCCCAUCCCUACCAAGACUUCUCCCCCUCCUAGGCGCACGUGGAGUUUACGAAGAUGA